GCGGAGGAGGGUGGGGAGGGGGCCGUUGUGUAUCGACGGUAGCCUCGGUGAGCAGCACAAAUGUUUGCCGCGCGAUUGCCGUGAUGCUUCUGGCGUCUUACGUGGCUUCUGUCUGUUGGUCUCUUAGAAAGGACUCUGUGCGUAAUAUCGGAAUCUGGCGGUCAUUAUCGCCCACGUGGGCAUCGAGGGAGGGGGAGAAAGGAUCUUCGUCUUCAACGACUGCCGAUAUUUUGGAGUCCUCAUUGGGCGGCAGAGGGGAAAGAGAGCAGAGGCGCCAUGAUGACGCAGGGCGGGAAAAGGUGGCGGGAAAGGUGAAGGGCAAAUGCGGGUCGGUGGCGGGAAAAAGUCUCUCGUUCUCGUCGGCCUCCACUGCCGCGGCGGGGGACAUCAAUAGGACCGCCACGUCGGAUGCAAGGAACGAUCCCGUACUUGCAGACGUUGAGUGCCAGAACGGAGCACCAGCAGGGAGCUCUUCUUCUUCUCCUGCGUUGGCAGCGAACAAGCAGGAGGAGGAGGAGGAGGAGGAGGAGGGAGAGCGAGGGAGAUACGAUAAGCAAGGAGAGGUGGGAAGAGGAGAGAAUGUAGGAGGUAGGGAGAGGGGGGGAGAGGAAGAGCAAGCCCUCGGUCAUGACGAGAGAGCCGUCGAGGUGGAUGGGGACGACGCUGGCGUCGCGGUCGGUAUCUCGACCUAUGGCAGUCUGGAGUCGUUAGACUCGGUCACCACCAGCCCCUCUACAGAAAGGCUCUCUUCUCCGGUCUCGUCUCUGCCUCCUCCUCUUCACCCGGGCAGGAGGAGCACAUCCGGAGGGGAAGACUCUCUGCAGGGCUCUCUCUCUGCCUCGUCCUCCUCUUCACCCAUCUACAGAGAGGAUCUCUUAUCCGGCCUCGUCUCUCCUCUCCUCGUGGCUUCUCUCACUGGCCGCCACGUUGAGCGUGCGGACAACCAGCGAUCGAAUAGCCGACCAACCUCUCGACCGUCAUCGACCAGGAGGGGGGAGGGCGUCCGUCGUCCUUCUCCUGAGACGACGGUGACGGCGCAUGAUGAUGCAUCUGCUAGGAGCAGGAGCAGAGAGAAGAGGAGAGAGAGGAAGAAGACGAGUGCGCAGGAGAGCCUUGUGCCUCCGAUCAAUCAGUCCACAACUUCAGACCUGUCCCCGCCGUUACGCUCACCGUCAGCGUUGAUGCGACCGUUAUCUUUUUCGCCGUUAUCACAGUUAACCCCGCUGUCAUCUUCGAAUGGAGGAGGGGCUGCUGAGGGUGGUGGCGGUGGUCGGCAGUCUAGGCAUGCAGGAGGCGGGAAUGGGGUUCCUGCGCCAUCUCUGCCUCGUCUUCCUCCUUCUCCCCUUCGUGUUUCUUUUUCUUCUUCCGAUCCCGACUACCAGGUUUGCUGGUCUUCUGGGGCAAGCGGAGGAUAUGGCGGGAAGACGGCGAUGGACGGGGUCGCGGUCUACGGCGCCGGCUGCGCGCAAUGCCGUGUAGGACUGACGUGCUCCUUCUCCAUCCGCGUCAGCGCUCCUGCCAGUUGGGAUCUCAACGCGUCGGAGUACCAGAACGGUGUCCUCUUCAAGAAGGAGCUCACGGUCACACUGGUCGGAGACUCGUUGAUCGCAGCGCGAGUCACGCCCGACCCGAUGGACUCCACGGCGUUCCUGGCGCUUUACCGACCCUGGGACGCGGGUGUUUACACCGCCAUCCUUCGGGCUGAUUGCUGGAACCUUAAUUACACUCAAGGGUAUGACAAUCGCGACCGCUCUCCGGAGGUGGCCAAGUGGAAUCUGACUGUCGACAACCCCUCCUCCUCCUCCUCCACCUCCUCCUCCUCUUCCUCCUCCUCUUCUUCCUCGUCCCAUUCGUCGGUUUUAAUGGCUGUUGAUAAUGGGGAAAUGGAGAGGAGGAGAGGGAUGGUGGAGUCCGCCGCCGCCGCCGCCGCCGUCGAUGAACCAGGCGGAGGACGGAUGGGUGAGAUGAGCCCGUGUGACGAAGGCCAGGCCAUGCACGCGCGAUGGAGAAGAGACAGAGGAGGCAAUGACACUUACAGAUGGACAGCGUACGACUGCGCUCCCCGCGACCCCGCGGAGACUGCGGAGAUCGUGCGGAGGCUGAAUGCGCGCGGCAUCCGCGAGGUUAACUUCAUCGGCGACUCGCAUAACCGCGGCCUUCACGCGCACCUUCACUACCGCUUGACUGGACGAGGGGAGGAGGCCAAGCGUAAGUUCCACGGCGAUUUCACUUACACCGUACAGGUCGAUAACGGUCACCGUUUACGGCUUAACUACUACUGGGUUGAUGGUAUUUACGCUAACGGCGAGUUUGGCUGCACCCACAGGGGGGAGUUUUCCUACCGCAGGAACAGUUUCCCCAACACCUCCCACUCCGCCGACGCGGUCUUUGUCAAUUCCGCUCAUUGGACCUGGUACAGAUGUUUGCAGCCGGAACGAGCUUGGGCCAAAUACCUUCCCGCCUUUUUGGACUGGGCUGUUGCGGUGCAUCGACCUGGAGUGCCCAUCGUGUUCCGCAGCGCGACCACGUGGCCGACUGCGAAGUUCGGGUGCAAAAUGCGGACCAAUUCCAACUUCGUCUUCGCGAACGACCUCGCACGGACCUUCGUGCAAUCUCUUCAAAACGUUUUCUACUUGGACACGUGGCAAGUAGAGGCUCCACGAUACAUGGACAGCUGCACCAGCCGCGAUUUUCAUUACUCCUGUUAUCACGGGAACAGAAUGUAUGGACCAGUGGGGGAGGGUGUAGUCGAGGCCGUCCUUCAUUACCUUCUCUUUCAGCUUCCCAUCAAGCAGGCGUCUAAUUCCUCCGCCCCUACCCCCUCACCCCCCCCUACAUCCCCCCACUAACGGUAGUAGAUGAGGACUAGGUCUCCCAUCACUGUA